UCGGGGUUGAAUGUCGGCUGCAUCGAGCGGCCCUUGACGGUCGCGACCGAGGCGACAUAGUCGUUGAAGAGAAUGGCCGGAGGGACGAACGUGACGGCAAAGAAGCCGAGCCGGCGAGCAAAUGAGCCGGUAGAUGCCGCAGGUGCUGCAGCCAUGGCGGAAGGCAGACGAAGGCUAGGUGAGAGCGAAGGCGAUCUGAAGGCAGAGAAUGCGGCUUCUGAGGUGCUGCUGGGGGGUCGUUGGACGUUCAGGGAUGACUUGCCGAUCGCUAUCGCCAGAACGAACUGCGCUGACCGUUUCGAGCGUUGGUUCGUUGGAGAUGCGAGCGACUGGGUCUGGAUUUGCUGUCGGGCUGGUCGUCUGUGGUGCGAUGCCAGAUCAAGCGCCCGCCAGACAGACGCCAGACAGUGGCGACUCUGUCUGGGUCGCUCGCUCGGUGCUCCCGCAUUGCAUUCCACCGCCCACAUCCGCCUGGCUCUGGUUGCCGUAUGCAUCGCAGAAUCCCAGCCCUGUCGGAGCGAUGGCACUAUCGAGCACCCUGGCAGCAGGACGGACGGCCAAAGGCAUCCAGAAGGCAGUAUCGAGCAAAGCCAGAAGCGCCGGACCAAUGGACGUGCGCAGACAUGAAAUGACGCCUUCGGGGAUCGCAGCCGUUGGACCCAGGCCUGCCCAGAGCCAAAUGCUGCUCCUGUUCUGCUCCUGCUCUGCUCCUGCUCUGCUCUGUUCCUGCUCCCGAUCGUCUCUGCCCAUCUCGUCCAGAAAUAGCUCCCCUCCGGCCAAGUCUCUGCUCAACAUGCCUGCAAGCACCGGCUUCUCCAUCGUCCACUCCCGUCUGCGCUCGCCCAACAUGAUCUCCCAGACCAUCGCCAACCUGUUCACAUCGUACUCCGAGUCGAACCACAUCCCGCCAGCCCGCCGCACGCCCUCGCCGGCCUCCAGGUCCGAUAGCGAUUACGACGACGACGAUCUCUCGACCAAGGUCCAGACUCCCUCGCCAUCCUCAUCGCCCCGGGAAUCGGUGGCCUCGAUUGCUCCACUGUCUGCGAGGCACACGCCCGUGCUCCCCGGCGAAGUGCGCUUUGUCGGCCAGACCGAGUUUGUCUCGCUCGCCGAGGAGGACUUUUUCGCUCGCCGAGUCUGUACCUGCACCUCCAAGCUCGCCCACCACGGCGUUUUCCUGCUGUCCGAGGAGGAUGCCCGUGGCUUCUGAUCGCUUUCUUCGGUCGCUUGCUGUCAACGCCGUUGCUGCUUUUAUCUCUGCUCCCCUUCACCGAUCCGCCCAGCACCAUUUCUCCCACACUCUCUGACUGCUCGCAGUAUCCAGCUUUGGAUUGCGCUCAACCAUACUCUACGCUUCUUCUUCUUUU